GGGCUGCUUGUGACGGGCCUUCUGGCUGUUGUCCUCGGCUACCCAACCUGGCGUGUUCCCCAGACUUCCAGGUGCUCCGGCCCCUUUGCACCCGCCAUGCAUUCUCCAUCAAAGAGAUCCUCCAAGCCCAGCACGGCUCCGGCACCCACUGGGCCCCCCGUGCCCACCACGGCUCCCAAGGCUCCCACACUGGCGGCUUCCCUGAAGCCCACCAAAGCAGCCGUGCCCAACAAUUCCGCAGGGCACCCCAAGUCCCCUAACUUGGUCAUGAGCCCCAGCAGCUCCAAGUCUACCAGGUCAUCAGGCACCAAGACAGCCUCUUCAGCCCACUCCAGCAGCAGGUCCCAGGGACGCAGCAAGACAAGGACGCCCAGCCAGCUGAGCGCUGGCAGCAGGGCCAGGAAGGGCAGCAAGGGCAGGAAAGGCGGCAAGGCUGGAACCGUGGGGCAGCACCAAGAGAGACGCAUGCGCAGCCGGGGGCGCACCCCAGGCAGGAGGGGAAGCCAGGGCUUCAAGACAUCACUCGACAGGACCAGCACUUCCAGCAGGAAGAGAACCCACUCCGCCAAACCCGGUGUGGCCAAGAAGGCGAGGACCCCUACUUCCUAUCGCAAACAAAGCCGAGGCAAGAGUCACAGCCGGCCUAGAGCCGGCACCCAGGAGAAGGGCGGCAGCCAGCCCCGGCCCAGCCUGCCGGAAGCCUUGGACCCUGCGAGCAGCUCUAGGGCCCCUGCAACCUCCAGCAGGGCCAAGAGCCACAGCCCCGGCCGCACGGCCUUCCCGGCCUCCGGCAACUCUACGGCGUCCAGGAGGGCCAGGAGCUACAGCCAGGUGACUUCCGCCCCGUCCGCGCUGGAGAACAUGCUGGGCAUGGCCAAGAGCCUCAGCCGCUCCAGGACCCCCAGCAGGACCCGAGGUCACAGCCGCUCCAGGACGCCCAGGAGGUCAAGAAGCCACAGUUACAAGAGGGCCCCGAGCCAGGUGAGGAGUUACAGCUGGAAGAGAAACCGCAGCAGGGCAAGGAGCCGCACUCGGCGGGCCACGCCCACCCACGUGAGGCAGAGCAAGUCCCCUCCGCACGGCCAGGGACGAGGCCACAGCCCAAGGCCAACCUCGAGAAGGGAAGGGGGCGGAAUGUGGUCCCGGAGCUCCAGUGAGAGCAGGGGCCGAGGGUGGUCCGGCAACACCCGGGAGAGGGAGCACAGCCAGCCAGCAGGCUCCAGGAAGAAGGCUGCCAGGCGCUCCCGGUCCAGAAUGUUCCGCAGCCAGAGCGGGCACAGCCAGUCCAGGAGCCCCAGCGUGCCCGCAGCCCGCAGCCGCUCCAGAAACGCCCCCAGGAAGAGAACACGGAGCCGGUCCAGAAUCCCUGGCGAGGAGCACCGUGGCUGCUCCCGAAGCAUGAGCGACGAGGGCCACUCUGGAGCCCGCAGCAGGGAGAGGGCCCUCAGACAGCCCCGGGGCUCCAGCCAGGACCCAGAGCCCGCCCAGGCUGCAGCUCCUCCGCGCUCCACCGGGACCAGGAGCCCUAGUCUGAAGAGAGCCAGCAGGACAAGGGCCCACUUCUCAUCACAGCUUCCCAAGGAGACCCACGCCCGCGACAACAGCUUUGUCAACACCGCUGCUUCCAAGGUCACCUCACCUGGGGAAAGGUUUUCCUCAUCUUCCUCCAAGCUGGCGUAGCCUCCAGUCUCCGCAGG